AUGCCUUUGUCACAUGCGGCUCGGAGGGGCGGAGACUCGCCUUUGUUGGUGGGCGUGUCCCAGCCGCUGGGGAUGGUCACGCGUUUCGAGGAGCGGUGUGUAGACGGGAGCUCCCGUCAGGUCCACCGGCCCUCACUGGCUGAGGAGAGGCCGCCGGACGACAACGAGGAGCUGGAAACCAAGGCGGUGGGAUUCUCCCCGGACGGCCGAUUCCUCAAGUUUGACAUCGAGAUCGGCCGGGGAUCUUUUAAGACUGUCUACAAGGGGCUGGACACGGAGACCACCGUGGAAGUGGCCUGGUGUGAGCUGCAGGACCGCAAACUGUCCAAGUCGGAGCGUCAGAGGUUCAAGGAGGAAGCCGGCAUGCUCAAGGGGCUUCAGCACCCCAACAUCGUCCGCUUUUAUGAUUCUUGGGAGUCCACUCUAAAAGGCAAGAAGUGCAUAGUGUUGGUGACGGAGCUGAUGACCUCCGGGACGCUGAAAACGUAUCUGAAGAGGUUCAAGGUGAUGAAACUGAAGGUUCUCCGCAGCUGGUGUCGUCAGAUCCUCAAAGGACUUCAUUUCCUCCAUACACGAACCCCUCCUAUUAUCCACCGAGACCUAAAGUGCGACAAUAUCUUCAUCACUGGCCCCACAGGCUCUGUGAAGAUCGGAGACCUGGGCUUGGCCACGCUGAAGAGAGCGUCCUUCGCUAAGAGUGUCAUAGGUACCCCUGAGUUCAUGGCGCCAGAGAUGUAUGAGGAGAAAUACGAUGAAUCGGUAGACGUGUAUGCUUUUGGGAUGUGCAUGCUUGAGAUGGCCACUUCUGAAUACCCUUACUCCGAGUGCCAAAAUGCUGCGCAGAUCUACCGCCGUGUCACAAGUGGUGUGAAGCCAGCCAGCUUUGAUAAGGUUGCCAUUCCAGAAGUGAAAGAGAUCAUCGAGGGAUGCAUUCAACAGAAUAAAGAUGAAAGGUAUGCUAUUAAAGACUUGCUGAACCAUGCCUUUUUUCAAGAGGAGACUGGGGUGCGAGUGGAACUGGCAGAAGAGGAUGAUGGAGAGAAGAUAGCUAUCAAACUAUGGUUGCGAAUUGAAGAUAUCAAGAAAUUAAAGGGCAAAUACAAGGAUAACGAAGCCAUAGAAUUUUCCUUUGAUUUAGAGAGGGAUCUCCCUGAAGAUGUAGCUCAGGAAAUGGUAGAAUCAGGCUAUGUCUGUGACGGUGAUCACAAAACCAUGGCAAAGGCGAUCAAAGACAGAGUGUCACUGAUCAAACGUAAACGAGAGCAGCGGCAGCAUGUACGGAAGGAGCAGGAGAAGAGGAAGCAAGAGGAGAUCAGCCAGCAGCAGCCUGAAUCUCGGCUCCCGAGCCCACCUCAAGGCACAGGAAUACCCGCUCAGCCCAGCUCUGGCCCAGCCCCUGCUCUCACCAGUGUGCCAAAUGCCUCUUCCUCCCAGGUGGAGCCAGAGGAACCUGAAGCUGAUCAGCACCUGCAGUACCAACAGCCCAGCAUAUCAGUGACCUCGGAUGCAACAAUGGACAGCGGGCAGGGCUCCACCGUGUACACAGAGUCUCGAGUGGGCAGUCAGCAAACUGUUUCCUAUGGCUCACAACAGGAUCCUAUCCUCCCUUCUAGCACCAAGCCUGGAUACAGCGCUCCAGCUCAGCCAGGGGUCGGGCACCGCCGAGGUCGUAGCAUGUCAGUCUGUGUCCCCAUGCUUCCCUCUUCUACCCUUCUCCCACCUGCAUUUCCUCCCAGUGCUCCCUGCACCCCUCCCCAUAUCCUGUCUGCCCCCGUCUCUCCACUGUGGACAUCCCCUGAGGAAUCCUUUGCUGAAAAACUUUCCAAGGCUCUUGAGAGCGUCCUGCCCAUGCACGCCACGAGCCCUCGCAAGCACCAGCGCCGCUGCAGCCUGCCCAUCCUCUAUUCCAGCCCUCCUCAGUCCAUGGUGCAUCCAACUCUCCCAGAGGCGCCGCAGUUUUUCCCGACCAUUCAUGAACGCCCCAUGUCUUUUUCUCCACCUCCCACCUUCUCAUCUCCCAAAUUGCCCAGCACACAGAGGAGAAAGAGUACUUCCUUCUUGGAGUCGCAGGCUCGUCAUGGUUCACCUCUCACACGGUCAUUUGGACCAAGUCCACUCUUGUCCUCCACAGACAGUGUGAACUGGAGGUCAGACGGGGUGCCACUUCAAGGAAAGUCUCCCUUAAGAUCUUCCGCGGAAACCAACCACAAACAACAGAACUUUGAUUGUCAACUGUUCACUGAAGGAAUGUCUGGAACAGCUAAUGAUAGCCCAAUGAUACCCGUGGAGGCUGUGUACUUGGCUAGUGUGCCAUACAGUGCGCAGGCAGAAGCUUUUGUUGCUGCAGAUGGACCCGGUCACACAAAGGAUCCAGUAGUGACACAACUUGGUUCGGUGUACGACUACCAGAUUGGUCAAACUUAUAUAGCUCGCCCAGUCCAAAGUCUGAGGCUUGAGACUGCAGUCAACCAACCCUCUCCGCAGGGUAGUAUGUCCGCUCCAGUUACAUCUGAGCCUCAUAUUGUGUAUCAUAAGGUGUUUGUACCACAGUCUGCUCCUCCAGUUCUUUCUCAGGGCAGUGAAGGGCAUCAUGGUUGCGUGUUUGAAUUUCACGUGCAUUCUUCUGGACCUGAGGGGGCCGUGUACUUGCCACACCGUGUCUAUCGAACACGCCGCGGAUCUUUGGAACUGGAAGAGGUCACGCACAGCUCUUUACUGCAAAGCCGACUUCAGACUGUUGCUGAGGAGCAAUGCAACCACCUUAGCCCAGAGCCUGUGUCUCCUCUCCCUGGGGUGUACAGGCCAGAUGGCAGUUCUGAAUACUCCAGCGACUCAUCACAGCGAAAUUCCUCAGACCCUGGGGAUUACUUUUCUCCACCCGCCGCCGGAGUCACUCCCGAUGCCUCUGUGACCUACGCUCAGAAGAUCUUUCCGGAGCCGCAUGUUUUCUUCUGCUUCCCGCAAUCUGGAGCUGCAGCCUUUCCCAUGCAAUCUGCUGUGUAUAACCAACAGGCACAGGUACCAGGACAGGGCCCUGCAUCAACUGUUGGGAUUGGCACCCAGCCUGCUGUUCACACACAGGGUUUUCAGCAUCAGCCGUCUCCAAUUCAUCAGGCAUCACAGUACCCGGUGCCAACAACAGUGCCCAAUCUGCCUGCCCCCACUCAAACUGUCAUUACUCAAACCCAAACCACUGUCCCUGCCCCCCAGCUGCCAGUCUUUCAUCCUUUACAAGCUGCCCAAGGAGAUGCUGUGGUUCCUGCUCCAACAGUUGCCACCCCACAGCCACAUGUUGUCCCAAGCUCGGCUGCCCCCAUGCCACCCCAGUAUUUACACCUGACUCAACCUUUAGUGGCCGUCCCUCUAAUCCCUCAGUUCACUCCUCCCCAAUUACCAAUGACCAUGCCCCCCACUAUUAUGCAAACAAGCUUUCCUGCUCUGCCACUGCCUAUGUCUCCAGGGUUUGGCCAGGCAGUGCCAGGAUUGCCUCCCUCUUCCUUAGGGACACCAUUGCUUCCCCCUGGACAGGCAUUUAUUGUUCAAAGCCACAUACCUGCUGUUGCUCUCCAGCCCUUAACACAGAUCCCACCUCUACCUGUGCAUCUUGUGCCUCCAUCUGUUGGAUUGCCAGCCACCCUGGGACAAGCUAUUGAGCCUCUGCUUCCUCCUGGAGACGCUACAUAUCAGGCAUUCCAACCUCCUGUACCCUCUCAGCUGCCUGUAGAGGCAGGGCUGCCUCCUGCCUCUGUUUAUCCGUCAUUAUCAAUGUCCCCUACCAUCCGUUCGGACUGCCUUCCGAAACCUGGAUUAGCACAGCCUUAUCUGGAGGGCAGUGGAGUACUUCCACAUGGUGUCCCAGCUCUGCAACCAACAGCACCUCUGCAUGGGAGCCAAGCACAGGCAGUUACAGAGGGCCCACAUGUUGAGAUACCAUCAGCUCAAACAACCCAAGUGGUGUCGUCCAUGGACAGCGCCCACUCAGACGUGGCAUCUGGGCUCAGUGACGGUAACGAGGGAGUAUCCAGCUCCAGUGGUAGACACGAAGGUCGCACCACCAAACGGCACUACCGAAAGUCUGUGCGCAGCCGCUCAAGGCAUGAUAAAACCUCACGGCCCAAACUUAGAAUUCUUAAUGUAUCAAACAAAGGAGACAGAGUAGUGGAAUGUCAGCUGGAAACACACAACCGCAAGAUGGUCACCUUCAAAUUUGACCUGGAUGGGGACAAUCCAGAGGAAAUAGCAACCAUCAUGGUUCAGAAUGUCUUCAUCCUGGCCAUAGAGAGAGACUCUUUUGUCGAGCAGGUAAAAGACAUCAUAGAAAAGGCUGAUGAAAUGCUCAGUGAGGAUAUCGGUGGAGAGCCUGAAGGCGAGCAAGAGGUGGAGAGUAUGCAGAUAAAGGGUGAUGGAUAUUACAAAGAAUCUCAGAAGCUGCAGGAUGACUUCAGGAAGCCGGAUCCAGUGUAUUGCUUACCCCAGAGAGCAGAUCUUGCUCCUGGCCUCCACGCUCAAGUUGUUCACUCUGCCGGUAGACGAUUCAUAGUCAGUCCAGUUCCGGAGAGCCGACUGAGGGAGCCAACUUUCUUCAGUGCUCUGUCACAGGAUCCGCAGCCAACUGUUCCCCCUUCCCAUGGUCCUGGGAUGAACCUUUCUCACUCUGCAUCAUCUGUCAGUCUCCAUAAUGCCUUUGCUGAGAUGCGACAGGCUCAAAUGGCUGAUGGUCCCAGCACAGCUCCACCAAUGUUUAAUCAAACUGGACCUCCGUUUCCACCAUCUCUAACUAAUCUCGCUGGUUCCUUCUCAGUGGGAUUAUGUGGACUGCCCCCAUCUACUGCCACUCCCAGCAGCCUGCACUCUGGAGUGGCCCAGCCGCUGCUAGAAGGUGUUGUGACUCCUGCUGUUACAGGAGUGCCGGCCCAGAGCAUUAUGUCAAGCACCGUGCCUGCAAUCACCACUGUGUCUACACAGCCACUCACCACAGGAGUGAUAUCUGGGGUAUCUGUGUCCACAAGUGUACCUCCAGCUGUGACAUCACUUCCUACUCAGCCUCUGGUGGUUGGCAUCCCUAUGGCUCCUGGAACAGUGACAUCACCCCCUGCAAUGUCACUUCCUCCCGUGAGCACCGCUGCAGUCAUGCCACAGACCCUUACCUCUCCUCCACUGCAGCUGCCAGUAAGCAGUGUCGCUGGCACCCUGCCUCACACAUCUGUGUCUGCGCCAGUUAUGAGCACUGUGACGCCAGCACAAGUCCAGCUGAGCAGCAGCACCUCCACUCCAAGCUUUGUGGAAAGUGUCACGACCAGUGCUGCUCAUCCAGAUGUCUUGAAGAAACCAACAGAGGUCACUGCUGCAAUCAGUACAAUAGGCAUGUCCCUCCCUAUCUCUAGUCAUCUCACCUACGCAGGAGUGGCAGCUUCUGGGAUUGGGAUGGCAGAUAAUGCACCUAUUGUUCAUCCUACGCAUCUUCCGACAGCAGUCGCAACAACACCAAUUGUAUCACAAGCAGGCGGAGCUGUGUCCACACCGCUUGCUUCUCAGGUUCCUUUGUCUGGAACUGUGCCCGUAAACCACCAGUUGCCUGGUGUUCAGCAUACAUUGCAGCAUGGUCAGGCACUGCCAAGCACAGGCACCAGCCUUCCUCACGCCCAUUCUAUUGAAGGUGAAGACAGUCUGACAAAGUCUGGAAUAGAUGAUAUCAAGAUGCUGGAAGAGAAACUGAGGUCACUUUUCAGCGAGCAUGGCAGCGUUGGCGCACCGCAUAGCUUGACACCACAAGAAGCUCCGAUAGGACAGGAGGGGGUUCCUUUGCCUGGACCUCCACCGACCACAGUCUCCUCCCAGACCAAACCUACAACUACAGCUCCACCUACCAGUUUACCUCUGGGACAAUCUGGCAUCCCCAUCUUAAGCCAAGGUGUGACUCCUGGACAGGCUGUCAUCCCGGUCACCUAUGUUUCUGCAGCAGCCACCACUGCAGCUACUGGAAAAGCUGGGACUCCUCCCACGAAGCCCCCGCUCAGUAGAGUACCUGUGCUCCCGGCCGGGGCAGAGAGCACAAUGGGGAGCCCGCCUGGCGAACAGCCACCUCCUCUUCCUGGACCUUCACUAACUCAGUCCCAGCAGCCCCUGGAAGACCUGGAUUUCCAGUUGAGAAGGACGUUGAGCCCAGAAACUGUCCCUGCCUCCUCUGCACCCAGCUGUCCUGUGUCAAGUGCAGCCCCUGCAACUGCAGCCGGACCCGUGGGUGUCCCGUCGAAGCUUGCCACUGAUGUUCCAGAGCCGGAAAAAGCCAAGCCCGCUGCAGAGACUGGUGGUUCAGUCCGGAAAAUGGGGCGAUUUCAGGUUUCCGUUGCAGCGGAUGAUGUCCUAAAGCCGAGCGAAGAUCCAAAACUGCCACAGCAGGAAGUUUCCUCCUCCUCGUCCACUACUUCUUCCUCCAUGUCAUGUAGCAGCCCAGAGAGUACACUGGUGAAGCCACGGCUCAAUGCAUCGGGGUCUUUAGACAUAGUAGAUGGUGUAGGACCAGCCCAGGUUCCCACACAUACCCCAUCCCCGAAGCAGUCUUUACAGGUGGGCCGGUUUCAGGUUACCACCUCCACCACGGACAGAGUAGGCCGCUUUUCAGUAUCUCGCGCACAGGAUGACCUAUCAUCAGGCCACACAGAGACUGAACAGCCACGAGCGUCUUCCCCAAAGACACCCCCCCAUCUGAAUGGACCUUCUUCCCAUCCAGAGUCUUCGGCUACCCUAAGCGAUCCACCCAAAGAAGGCCAUGAUGACAGCCUUGGCAGCCCUGUCAUGCCGCACCCUUUGGGUUCAAAGGUCAGCUUGCAGAGUCUCAGCAACUCUUUUAACUCCUCCUAUAUGAGCAGUGACAAUGAAUCGGAUAUAGAAGAUGAGGAGCUGAAGAAGGAGCUUCGGAGGCUGCGGGACAAGCAUCUGAAGGAGAUCCACGAACUACACGGCCGUCAGAAGCAAGAAAUUGAGCAGCUGUACACAACAUUAGGCAAAGUCCCUCCUGCUGUCAUCAUCCCUCCCGCAGCACCCCUCUCGGGCCGAAGGAGGAGACUCACCAAGGGGAAAGGCAGCAAGUCCAGUAGUAGGAGCUCCUACGGGAACCGCAGUCCUCAGCUCUCAGGUGACCUGUCCACUCAGAGCGCUCCUGCCACCAUUCCCCCCCAGCAGAACCUACUCUUGCCCCCUACUAGUAUGCCGGACCCCGGACACCACCUGAAACCCUCACCCUCCAGUGACAUCCUCUGCUCUGCCUUCACCAGUGAUGCUGCCCUCUCUGUGCCCAGUUUAUCCGCCCAGGGACAAGGCUGGGCCAAGUUUAACUGUGCGUCAGAGCGGGUCUCCUUCAAAGUGGCCGGCAGGAGGACGCGAUUUCUGAGGAAGAUGGUGAAAAAAGUCUGCCCUUGCAACCAGCUCUGUAGGACGAGCAGCACAAAUACAGUUGCCCCUUCCACUGCUCCGACCCCGCAGACCAACACAGCCCCUGUAUCCUCCAGCUGCAAAGGAAUGUUCACGGACGAUCUGCACAAGCUUGUUGAUAACUGGGCCCGGGACGCCAUGAACCUGACUGGAAAAAAAAGCAGCAAGAUGUCUGGACACCCCAGCUAUGAAGGUCCUGGUAUGGCUCGGAAAUUUUCUGCUCCUGGACAGUUGUGUGUGAAUUUGCCUCCGUCCCUUGGGGUUCCAGUCUCCAUGCCUACAGCCUCAGCCAACUCCCUGGCUCAGUACCCCAAAGGCGUCUGCCCCCCUCAGCAGUAUGGCUUCCCUGGCGCGGCCUUCCAAGGGCAGUGGAGUGGUCCUGGACUCCCACCAUCUUCCCAGCCCAUUAACCAGUUCCCGCCAACUGUGACUACUUCCUUACAGAACUUCAAUAUCAGCAACCUUCAGAAAUCAAUCAGUAACCCUCAGGGGUCCAACUUGAGGACUACCUAGCAGGAGACCCCCAAAAAGUACUG